CUGAUCCACACGGUCAAACAACUUAACACUUUGAUACACAAGCUAUGCCAACUACUAAUGCACAACAUGGGUCGAAAAAUGACCCGUAUUCAUUUCCUGUUAUAUUUCAUGCUUGGCUGGGUGUUUCUCAGCUAAAUUAUUUGACAGCUGAUUCUUUCUUCUCCAUUUAGGAGAAGGCCCCUUUGAUGAAAUAAAAAGAUGAGUCUCUUAUAUCAUCAAAGGAGCUUUAAAUAUUUAGGAGAGCUGGAUUCCCAGCUUGAUCCUGACGAACAAAGUAUAGGUCCUCAGCAUUACAGAAUUCAGACUCAGACUCAAGACCAAGAAUUGUAAAGAAAGUCAAAAGCAAUUUUUCAAAUGCAUAUCAAUCAGUCUAUAAAGUAUGUAUUGUGAUUACUAUUACUAUUUUGUUGAUCUACCUAUGGUAAGCUAAUUAGAAGAGAAGCUAGCUUACUAACAGCCAGUUAGUAUUGUUCAUAUUGACCCAUGUGUGUAAAAGUGAUGUAGAACCAAAGAAUAUAUGUUUGUUUAUGAAGUAAGACAGGAAAAAGAAAAAUAACUAUUUGUGGUAAUCAAAAACAAGAUUAAAUGAAUACUUAGAAUAUUAAAUGAUAAAAUAAAUUUAUUUCAAAUAUAUAGCAAAGAAACACUCAUGCAUUAAAUAAGACAGGAAAAGAAUAUUGGUGAUACAAUAAGGAUUUUUAUUCAAAAUGCAACAAAGGAAAAAUAUAAAUAGGGAUCUAUGAUGAUCGAAAACAAAUUAAUUGGUGAAUUCCCUGAAAUCCUGAAUGAGGAAAUUCAUUCACUGCAAAGAUAUAGAAAAAUACAAACUUUUGACCCAUGUUAUGUAUCAAAGGGUUAAAGAUGAGUUCACCUCUGUCCAUGCUGAAGAAAAUGAGACGCGCUCCCCUGCAGGGCGGCAGUGACCAAUGGAGCAGAGGAAAACUGCCUUUCAGGAGGAAUCUGUUAAAAGAAAUUCAGUCAGAGCUGCUGGAUGAUGAUGAUGAUUCAUCCAAUUCAAAGUCUCCCAAACCCUGUCACAAUCCAGCCACCACAAGACCAAAAGCCCCACUGAAGAAAGGUGCUCCACCGAGCGACCUUGAGCUCAUGUCUGCCAUGAUGCAGCGGGUGACCCUGCUGGAGAAACAAGUGAGGGGCCAAGCACAGGAGCUGGAACACAAGGAUAAAAAGAUCUCAGUUUUGGAGGAGAAGCUGCGGGAUCAGAAGGAAUCAGAGCGAGGUCGUGAUCCUGUAGAGCGUGGCAGAGAUGAUCUUGAAAUAAUGUGCCAAGAACUGCAGAAUCAAGUGCACGAAAUGGAGAGCUUUCUAAAAGACUAUGGUUUGACCUGGGUGGGGGACAGAGAGAGCAGUGAUUUAGCCGAGUGCACGCAGACGCACAGCCCAGGCACAUCUGGGGUCAGGGAUUUCCACAUGAACUUCAACCUGGUGCUGCAGAGGAUCAAGGAGCUGAACAUCCUCGCAGGGGAGGGGGAGUCUUAUGUGCGGUCGACAGCCACAGGGGCCCAGCUGGCACAAAAGGAUCCUGUCCACCUGAGGCUGUACAGCAACGGCAUCGCCAUGUUCGAUGGUCCUUUCCGCUCAUAUCGGGAGCAAAGCACCCAGCAGUGCAUGCAGGAUCUGAUGGACGGGUAUUUUCCAUCUGAGCUUCAGGACCGAUUUCCAGAUGGCGUUCCCUUUCAGAUUCAUGACAGGCGAGAUGAAGAGUUUAUCUUCAGGUCACCGUGGGAUCGAUUCCCUGGCAGCGGACAGGCGGUUUGUGGGGAGAAAGAUGACUCUUCAAACGUUGCCAGCUCUGAAACUCAAGGGAAGAAACUGACCACGGAUCAGUUCCUGAGCAGGAUGCCCAAGGUGGUGGUUAAGGCCGGACGAGUGAUAGAUAUCAGGGAAUCACUGAGAGCAACCCUGCAGGGUUCAUCUGCUGCCCAGAGCGACUCAGCGAUCCCCAUAGACACAGCAGCACUGCAGGCGAUGGAACAGAGACUGCAGGCGUCCAGCUCUGACCGGCAACCGUCAGCCCGUGACAUCAUCACGCUCAAGGUGAAGGCCGAGGACGGGGAUCAAACCUACGUGUUGACGAUGGGCUUCUCGGAGACCAUCGGCCACCUGCGACAGUACCUGGACAAACACAGAGGUGGUGGGCUCCCUGGUUAUGACAUCAUCAGUGCGUACCCUCAGUGCUGCUAUGAGGACAACAGCAGGACGCUCCACUCGUGCGGCCUCACAAAUAAUGCUACCCUGCUGCUGAGAAGGAGACAACACCCUCAACCACUGACUGCAGUCAAACAAAUCCACCAAUGAACUAUUGAGCCUGACUUGUUUUCUGUUUCAUAACAGGCGUGUGUCGUCAUGGGAACAGAACAGAUGUAAGAAAUAUUAUUGACGAUGGCUCUAUUCCAUUCAAGUGCUCAGGACCAGGGCCCUGAAACUGAAGCUGCUACAUGGAAUUGAGCCAUCAAUGAUCUUAUUAUUAACACAUGCUUCUCCUAUUGUGUCAAAGUGACUUCACUGAAAAGAUUUGGAU